ACUAGUACAAAAUUUGGAUUGAUUUUCGCAGUAAUAAAAUUUGGGAGGUUACCGUUCACCAAUAACAUGAAUACGAAGAGGAAGCGAGAGGAUAUGGAGAUUGUGUGGCAAACUCCGGCCAACCCACCGGAACGCCAUGACUACAUCUUCCGUAAUGGAGUACGCUAUGUUAAGCCUUACUACUUCGAAUUCAUCUCCCAUGUGAAGAAUAGGUGGGCUGGAAAGACAAUUGUUGAUCUCUUCUCUGAUGAAUUUAAAGGAAGACCUCGUGAUUACUAUGAAUCUGCCGUUAAGUCUGGACGUAUACAAGUUGAUGGACGAAAGGUGUCUGUUUCAUAUGUAGUUCAGUCAUCACAAAAAAUUAGCCAUUUCCUGCACAGGCAUGAACCACCAGUGAUGUCGUGGGAUGUCGAAAUACUAUGUGAAGAACCAGAUGUGCUAACAGUUUGCAAGCCUGCUUCUGUUCCUGUGCAUCCAUGUGGACAAUACCGCAAGAAUACGGUCGUUGGUAUACUACAAGCCGAGUAUGGCCUGGCACCUUUAUUUCCGGUUCAUCGCCUAGAUCGCUUGGUCUCAGGACUACUUAUUUUGGCUAGGAGUGCUUCUAGGGCUGACCUCUUCAGGCAACAGAUAGAAUCAGGGGUAGUGCAGAAACGGUAUAUUGCAAGAGUAAUUGGAGUAUUCCCAGAUAAGCAGCAAGUUGUGAAUGCUAAUGUCAAUUACAAUGCUCGAGAAGGGAGGAGCACAGUUGAGGUGGGGGAUAACCAGGGAAAUAGUACUGCUUCACUGAAGGGGAAGGCUGCCUGUACGAAAUUUACAAGGAUUAGUACCAAUGGGAAGCAAAGCAUCGUUUUGUGCGAACCCGUGACUGGCAGGACACAUCAGAUACGUGUGCAUCUGCAAUAUACAGGUCAUCCAAUAGCCAAUGAUGUGCUCUAUAUGUCUGAAUUUGUGUCUAGUCGCGCUGCUGAAGGAUUGAGCGCGGAUAGAGCUGCAGCAAAAUCAUGUUCUCCUCCAGAUCCCAUCUCUCGAACUAGUGACAUGGAAAAUGACUCUAAUGAAGAUUUCAGCAUUGAUCCUAUGUGUACAAAUUGUCCAAAUCUUGCUCCGAAAGGGUAUGAGGGUAAUGAAGAGGGUCUAUGGCUGCAUUGUGUAAAAUAUUCGGGACCUGACUGGAUAUAUGAAUGUCCACAUCCAGAUUGGGCAUCUCUAAGUUGAUAUGCACUUUCAACAUUCAUUAGGUCUGAUUUCAGAACUUUGUUAUUCUCUUGGUGCUUUGUGUCUUGUGCUCUGUUCAUUCUUGUGCAGCGGUAUGCACUGUGUCCUGGUAAACUCCUGUAGUUCUGGGAAUUUCUUACCGGGGAGGCACCCAGACAGUGUUUUGGUUGGAUUGGCUACUUUGAAUUUGGAUUUACGGGAGGGGCUAGCUCUCGUAUGCCUUUUGAGUUCAAUUGGCCUAAAAACAAGUGUUUGCAGCAAUUUUGAAACAAUUAAUGGACGUCGUCUGUGAUUGGCUGAGGUGAUUUUGUUUCACCUUCUUAAUUUAUUGGAUUACGGAGAAUCUACCCUUUUGUUUGUAAAACAGCAUCACGUUGUCUUCGGCAGUUAAUUGUUGACUGGUUUCGGUUGUAAAAUUGCAAUAUCAGGAAAUAAUCCUUAUUUUACUUUCUCUGUGUUUC